AUGGCAACAAACGAUACUUAUGAUGGCACGGUGGGUUUAUCACCAAGUUCAAUACUACAGCCUAUGAGUUGUGACUUUGGUAAUCCAGAGCUUUUUAAACGGUUAAAAGAUGCCCAUGAAUAUAAUGUAUCGCUGUUGAACCGCCAUUCUGAUAUGGUGAGCACAAAUAGGGAUAUUAAUUCGCUCCAUCAUGCCGAGGCUGUAAUUGAGAGCCAACACUUGGAAAUUAUUCGGCUUACCAAUAAUAUCGAGGAGCUUAACUCUAAACUUGAUAAUAAUUCGAAACUCAAUGAUCAAACCCAAAAUAAAUUGCUCCAGGAUAUCGCCAAUCUUAAUGAUUACAUCAUAAAGCUUGAGUCGGAUUUACAACUAUCACAUAACAAAUCUCAAACCUAUUUGAAUACGAUUAAGUCAUUAGAGGCUAAGAUUGUACAAAUGGAUAACUUAAUUUUAUCCAAAGACACCGAUGCCAAUCAGAGUUAUCAAAUCAAUUACAAACUAAAGAUUAGGAAUUCUGAACUUGAAACUAAAUAUCAAGAGCUUUUAACGGAACUAUAUCAUGUUAAGGAUGAAAGAGAUAGAUUUUCCGCUGUUCAAUCUAACGCCAAGGCACCCAUUAACAAUACAGAUAUAAGCUGCAAGUUGAAGAAAAGAGAAGAUAUUACAGAUCUUGCAAUGCAUAUGUGUCAAAUGGAUGAUGUUAAGAAGAAGUGCAUUAUCCAACUUGAAAAUGAACUGCUUACUUAUAAAAAUCUGUGCCAAAGGAAAUGUGAGGAGAUUAAGCAAUUGAAUGAUGUAAUAGAGCAUGCAAAGAUUAGUGGUACCAAUUUCAAUGGAUCUAACAAAAUGGUCCAGUGUUUGCAGAAACAAAUACUUCACCUGUCAAAUGACAUACAUAUGCAAUCAAAACUUGUUCAGGAAUACCAACAGUCUUUGGCCAAUAAACAAUUGCACCAGCUUCCAUCAUCGCAAUCAUACCAGUAUCAGGAUUUCAAUAGUUCACUGAAGAUAAUAAAUGAAACCCAACAAUACGAACUAGAUAAAGCAGUAGUUACUAAAUUAUUAUCCAAAAUUGAGGAUGUUGCAGUUAGAAAUACUAUGAGUAAGUCACGUGCUCAAAUACUUAACCCCUACUACACGUGCUAUGUAUAUUUGUACGUAUGCCAGCUAGCUGACUAUUGUACCUAUAAUAACAUCGUUACUGAUUCAAAUACAAAUAAUGUGAGUCUUGAGGAAAAUGAAUAUAAUGUGAAUAUUUGUGUAUGUUCAGACAAAAUAUGCAUAUUCAAUGAUGAAAGAUAUAAUAUUGACGAUUCCAACGGACGUAAAUCUGAAUAUAUGGAAUUGCCGGUGAAUGCAAUUGAAUCGGUGACUUCUAGUGGUAAUAUGUUUAAAAUUGUCACAAAAAAAAACAUUUCAUGGGUCCAUUUACACAUAAUAACCAAGAAUGAAGAUGAGUUUAACCGCCUCUAUUUUGCAUUGUGCUACAAUGGUUGUUUAUCUAGGGUGCUAUUAAAUGGAUGUAAUGUAUUUGGCGGGAUUGCCCAAAAUGACUGUUUUCAAUUGCCUAUUAUUUUAUAUACCAAAACACAAGAAAUUGUGGGCUCACUCUUCUAUAACAAUGACUUUAAUAUUCUACUGGUAUAUUCAACAGAUUCUAAAAUUUAUCCAAUGGUUAUUAGCUGCAAGGACUAUAUUUUAAAUAAUGUGAAUAGUUUUGAUGAUGUUGCAUUUAAUUAUUAUUCAAUGCAUGGAAAGUGUAAUAUUGGCCACUUAUAUUCGCUAAAACGGUUUCAAGUGGAUAGUGUCGUGGUUGAUGCCGUUUACCAUGCGGAAAAUAAUUUUAUAACUGCAUCUACUGACCAAACCUAUUACUUAACUAGUGUAAACGAGACUGAUAUUCAACAGCUAGAUCAACUACUCGAAUUAGGUGAAUGGCAUGAAGUGCCCAGUGAAAUCGAAGAACCUCCUGAUAAACAAGAGAUAGAAAACACAUCUGAAGAAGAAACAAUUAAUAAGAAUGAAUCUGAUGAAUUAUUUAAGUCUAGUAUAACUCCGUUCAUUAUACGAGACGGUUAUAUUUACUUUAAAUUUGUCGAUAUGGCCAACGAAUCCCAAGGUGUUGAAAUUGACAAAUGCGUAUUUAUCGCCGACGCUUCUAAGAAUGAAUUAGCCAUUCUGAUCAAAGGUGAAGUACAGGAACAUGAAAUGUUCAUAUUUUCCCUACCUACUAAACAAGACUUUGAUUAUUGGAAAAACAAUCUAGUGGAACAUGGGUUGAAUGAGCAACAAAAUGAUAUGAAUAACGAUGAUGGCAAAUUUUACCGUUCCAAUUCUGGCAAGAUUAAUCAACAAGCUUGUGUGGUGACCAAAGGCCAAAUGCAAUUGUUCAAAGACUAUAAUGAUGACGUUUCGGAGCCAUUGAUAACAUACGUAAGCUCAUCAACAAAAGUUUCUAUAAAUGAGGAAAAACGGGAAAUUAUUAUGGAAUCCACGUCUACGCAUGGAAAUAGGAGCAGAAUUACUUUGGAUUGCACCAAUCCGAAGGAAUUCGUAAGGUGGAAAUCGGCGUUGAUUUUGGCUGGAUUUAUAUCUGGUAACUCAGUCAAUAGCGAUAACAUAAAUGGACUCAAAAAGUAUGUUUUCCCAAUAAAACUCUUUAAAACAUCUGAUAACAAUGAUAGUGGAAGGAGGGCUUUUGUAAUUAAAUCCAAUUAUGUGGCAUUGUAUAUCAGCAGCACUUCUAAAGAUCCAUAUUUGUUAUUUAAAAAAGCAGAUGUUGAAGUACUAAUAUUUGUAAAUGACCGUCGAAUCAGAUUAUACGUCCGUAGGUACACUAAGAAUGAGGAGCGCUUUGAUUUUAUCCUUCCUUUGAUGAAGGACUUUUCAACUGCUUGUGCUGAAUUCAAAUCGUUUUGCUACAAGGUUAGUUCUGGAGAGGAUACUUUGAAUAUAGUAGGGGAUAAGUCCAAGAUUAUGAAAAACUCCAAAUUUCCAUUCGUAUUGGCCAAACCUGGGGCUAUCACAUUGCACCUAACAAUGUACACCUCUGAACCGGAGGUUACUAUCAAACCCAGUGAUUAUUCAUGCGAUAUUGUGAAAAAUAAGUUGAAAAUUGAGUUUAUCCCCAAGGCAGAGGGCGUUAAAAAUCUACCACCGUUUAUUUUUAAACAUGAUGAUUCUUUCAAUAAGUGGUUGCUUACGCUUAAGAUUUCUGGAUUUUUAAGGUUUACCAAUGAAAAGAUGACGAGGUUAUACUUCCCAACAAUCUUUUAUGGUCAUAUAUCACCAGAAUCCUCUAUGGUUUUAAAUAAAUGA